UCUUAGGUGAGAAGGAGCAAGGUAAGUAUACAUGUCACCUUUGUGUUUUUUUCAUGUUUGCUUUAGACGCCUUUAGAUGUAGGAGACUACUUAAGAAUUAAAGAUGAAUAAGAAAUUUCUUGUAGCAGCAGCCAACCCACACUCCAGUUCAGUUGCUUAAAAUACUGACAAACUAGUGAUUAUCAAUCAUUCACUAGCCACCUUUCUUCAAAUAAAAAUAAUAUGAUUUAUUUUUUUUUUUUUAGAAAUAUAUAGUAAUUAUUUUUAUGAUUUAAAUUCUACAUAAUUAAUUAAUAGUUAUCAUCACAAUAUCCAUUUACCGCCGCCUUUAUAUAUCAACCCAACAACUCCAAUAUCCAUUAUCUAUUACCAAAUGUUUGCAUGAAGUUGCAGCUUCAUCAAUGGGAGAUUACAGCUCUCUUAAGCUUCCUCCUGGAUUUCGUUUCUGCCCAACUGAUCAAGAACUCAUCCUCCACUUCCUCUACCGCAAAGCUUCCCUCUUGCCUUCCCAUGAUAUCAUUCCUGAUCUCCAUCCUCUUGAUCCAUGGAACCUCCAUGGUAAGGCUCUCUCCAGUGGAAACCACUGGUAUUUCUUUACGCAGAUGAUGGAAUUUGAAAGCCAGCAGCAGGUGACAGAGAAUGGAGUGUGGAAGAAACUAGAUGUUCAGAAACCAAUCUUUAGUGAUUCUGGUAAUAAGAUUGGAAUAAAAAAUUAUCUUGUCUACUACAUCGGCCAACCUCCUACUGCCAUUGAAACCAAUUGGAUCAUGCACCAAUAUCAUCUCUGCAACUCAUCAUCUCCUAAAAGAAUCCGAAAAUCUGAUUACCAUAAAUGGGUUCUAUGUCGAGUUUAUCAAAGUGUGGAGAAUUCUGGUAAAAGUUUGAAUUGCAGAGAUGAUGAUGAAGAUGAAGAUGAUGAUGAUGAUGGGACUGAGCUUUCUUGCCUAGAUGAAAUGUUUUUGUCAUUGGAAGAUGAUUUGGAUGAUAUAAGUUUGCCAAAUUAAUUAGGUUUUGCAUUUUGUUUGAUUAGGUUGUAAUUAGCUUUGCCUUUUGUGUGUAAACAUGUUUAUCUCAAUACUAAUUAUUAUUCAAUAUCA